AUGUCCGCAAGGAAGCGGAAGGCCACCGACUCCAUGGAGCAGGCAUGCAUGCUGUGUCUCCGGGCAGAGGCUGACCCGGAUGUCUGUGGGCCCAAACUGGAGAAGCAAGGAGUCUGUGCCCAUGCGUUUUGCCUGUAUUUUGCCAACGAGCUUUUUCAGCAACGGGUCAAGGAAGUAGGACUCGUGGGAUUUCUGCCUGAGGAUAUUCAACGCACAAUCGCCCGGGCAGCGCAGAAGGACUGCUUUGUCUGUGGUGACAGCGGGGCCACCAUCACUUGCCGGGAGAUGGGCUGCGACCGCAGCUUCCAUCUCCCCUGUGCUGUGGAGGGUGGAUGCAUCACCCAGUUCUUUGGGCUCUACAGGUCCUUCUGCUGGGAGCACCGCCCAGAGCAGGCAGUGGAGGCGGCUCCGGAGGAGACCACCACCUGCCUCAUCUGCCUGGACCCUGUGGGGGACAGAAAGUCCUUCGGCACCAUGGUGUGCCCAGCGUGCAAACACGCCUGGUUCCACAGGGGAUGCAUCCAGGUUCAUGCCAGUCAUGCUGGCUUCUACGGCUUCUGCUGCCCGCAUUGUCAAAAUGAGUAUCGAUUUCUGAUGGAAAUGCUCACCAUGGGGAUCCAAAUCCCAAAGAGGGGACUGUCGUGGGAAGACAAUGGUGCCUAUGAGCAAUUAUAUGAGAGGCACAGACGCUGUGAUGCCAGUGAGUGCCUUUGUCCAGCAGGCAGGGAGCAGGCAGAGGAAGAGGGGCCCUGGCAACUGCUCCUGUGCUGCUCCUGCGCUGCUGAGGGCACUCACAAACGCUGCUCCUACCUGAGGAACAGCACGGCCAGCUGGGAGUGCGACGGCUGUGCUGGACUGGGCACCGAGCUGAGGGCAGCAGCUGCUCCAGCAUCCCUGGGCCCGACCGCAUGCGAGACCAUUCCCGAUUGCAACGGUGGGCCCAAACUCCCUACAGCCAGCCUGGACGCUGCUGCAGGACCAGCCGUGCACCGUCCUCAAGAGUGUGGCCUGCAUGGCCCAGUUGGUGCCGCUGCUGCCAUCUCCUGGCAAUGGGUGCUGCCCCUGCCCACCCGGCGCAGCCCUCAUGGCUCGCCCACCAAAAUCACCUGUCCUGGUCCCAGCGACUUUUGA